AUGCUUACGUACAUUUUAUUGAUCGGGUUUAUAGCAAUAUUCAUUUUGAUAAUAAUUUGGUUUAUGAUAAUAGAAGAUUAUACUGAUGGACUGUCUGCAAAACAGCAAUCAGCACCAGUGAAGUUUGAACGGUUGUCUACCUUGCAUAAAUUAAAUUGUUUAAUCAAUAAGUUAGAAGAGCUUGAACUGCAAAAUCUCAGCCCAUGUAAAACAAAACUGGAAACAGUAGUUGACCGUCUCAAAAGUGUAAAUAGAUUUCAGAUAAAAUCAGAACUUCUAUACAAAGACGAAUUGAUGCAAUACGAGAGAGCCAUUGAUUGGAUUAAGUCACCAGCCGAGUUUCGAAACAGGUGUGGACCUCCCAAUAUCUUCCCUGCAUACUCUCCCCUUACAAAUAAUGACAUGAAACAAUUGGCAAAGUUAACUUUGCCAUCAGUUGACUUUACCAGAGUGCCAGUCGGGCCAUUACGGUGGUCAGUUGCAAGCGGUGAAACAUCACUUCCGGUUGUAGAACAAUGGUUAACAAAUGUCUUUUGGUUAAUGAUAAAAACCCUGGAAGAAAUAUUAAACUUGAAAGACAAGGUAUAUUCUUGGAACUACACAGACCACUUCGCUGAAUACGGCGGAUUAAUUAAAUUUCUGCGCCAUGCCAUUGUCGUUAGCGCUGAAGAAGAUAUGGACGGGAAAAAAACUAUAUUUAUAUUGGAUUUUAUGGUACCGCCUAAUGUAAUCCUGGAUCGUAUUCCCGAAGUUAAUGCCACAGGACUUCCGAUGAAACCAUUGAGGGGACUUUGCUGCAUCCCAGUCAAGUACACUGAGUAG